AUACGCACAGACAGAAUAUUGUAUACAUAAUAAAUAAAUAAAUAUAAAAAAGAAACUUAUAAAAAAAUUGGUAAAGGUCUCAGGACUCUGGCCAUUUUUAUGUUUAUUUUCCAGCUUAAUUGUUUGUUUUUAUAGAUUUGUUAAAUAUAGAUUGAGUGUCACAGUGUCACCCUGGUUGGUCUGGAAUUCACUCUGUAAAUUAGGCUGGCCUUGAAUUCAGAGACCCACUCUGUCUCUGAAAUGCUGGGAUUAAAGGUGUACACCACUACCUCCUCCUGGAUAAGAACAGCCAUUUUAGCUCUGAGCACUAAAUGACCAUUUUUUUUAGCUCAAAACUUUAAAAUCCAUCUACAGUGCUCCUCCAAAACAGUAUGGUCAAGCUCACCAAAGCAAUAUGAUAACAAUUGCUGUCUUAGUUUGCUUUUCUGUUGGCCACUGACCAAAACCAGCUCGUAGAACAAGGGAUCUAACUCAGCAUGCUCAUAGAGGGAAGCCAAGGCAGCAACCAGGAGGUAGGCAAUGAAGCAGAGGCCCUGAGGAGUGCUCCAUACUGCAUUCCUUGCUCAGCCUGCCCAGGGGCCACAGCAGCUUGGAAACUCACAUUAAUCACUGACCAAGACAAUUUCCACAAAUAUGCCAAGAGUCCAGUCUGAUGGAGGCAGUUCUUCAGUUGAGGUUACCACUUCCUAGGUGGCUCAAGUUUGUGUCAAGUUGACACAAACUAACCAUCAAUCUCUUAAAAGAAUUGGCAUAUAAUCCUAGUAGUAGGGCAAGAUUCUACCCAAAUAUGUGAUAGUUCUGUUUUUAAUGUUUGAGAAAUGUCCAUUUUGACCAGCAAUGAAUAAGGCCCCUUUUCCCUGCCUCCUCACCAGUAUUUGCUGUCAUUUGUUUUAUUGAUUACACCCAUUUUGGCUGGUGUGAAAUAGAGUCUCAAAGUAGCUUAACAUUCCCCUAAUAGCUAUCGAUACCAAAUCUAGAAAAACUUUAUUGGCUGUUGGUUUUGUUUUGAGAAUAGCCCAGUUCUUCCGCGAGGGUCUUUUGUUCCUUUGUCUAAAAGUGGGUCUGUUUUUGUGGGAUUGUUUCUAGGUUUUCUGCUCCAGUGAUCUGUUUACUGCUUACCAAAUGCGAAUGCACGCCCAUGACUGGCAGUUUUACAGGAAGCCUGGAAGUCAGGUAGUAUCAGUGGGUGUGCUCCUUUCCUCAGUUGUAGCAGCAUUCUUCUCACCCUUUCCAUGUAGCCCUUAGGUUCAGUUUUGGUUAUAUUCUGGCUUUAAAUGUUAUGAGGAGUAUGUUGAAUUUUAUAGUGCAGAUGGAAGAUGCAUAAUGUCUUAAAAUGAUGAGACCCUCUGUGAUGGUAACUUUGUUUUCGUUUUUCCUUCCUUAGAAAUGUUUGGUUUUUAUCUAAGGCUUUUCUCUUAGCUACACAUUGUUUUAAUGUGAGGUGCUGUACACAUGAUGUAGAAUUGGUAUUUGUACACCCAGUUGUUCACUGCUGUUAGAGGAAGAUGAUGGUCUUUUGUGUAUUGAUAUAUCAUAAGGUUUUCAGUAUCCUUUAGCAGUUCUUAGGUUUUUGUGGAUUUUCUGUAUGGAAAUUUUUUUUCUCAAGCUCACUUAUUGAUUUGUUAUAUUACAUUGAUUCCAAAGUUUUUCUUUUAGAGUCCUGGUAAUUGAAUCAGGGUGUGAAAAUGUGGACAACUGGAAGAUAAAGAUGACAGAAAAAUAAAGAUAGCGGCUAGUCACCAGCGUUCAGAGGUGCUCUUCGGAAGGUGCACAUUCCCGAUAACACACACAAUAAAUAUUGCUGGAAAAGCUGAGAACAAUAAAACCAGAGCUAACCACUUAAAACCUUAGAUGAAACUUUUACCAUAAGUAAUCAACUAAGAGACCUGUCUCUGUGCAGGACUACCAGGAAAUUUCAGGAAGUACUAACUGAGUCGAGAAGACCUUGUGUAGUAGGUGGCACUUUGAGUGUGGCCUUAAUACAGAGAAGUCCAAAGAAGAAGCAGUGUUGCUCUCCUGCCUGCUUUCACUUCUUGCUAGUGAGUGCAUCUGUCCCAUUGCUGCUGCUGCUACCUCUGCCGCCGCUGCCACCAUCCUUCACUGACACUGUGGACCGAAGACCAGAAGCUGUCCACGUGUGCUCCGGGCCUUAGGUACCAGAUCGAAGGGUUCCAGCCUUGUGGGCGGAGCCUCUCCAUCAUGGAGACUGCCAUUGUUGGACUCUCUAGGCCGGAUCAGGACCUGGUGAGCUUUGAGGAUCUGGCUGUGAACUUCACCCAGGAAGAGUGGGAUUUGCUGGAUCCUUCCCAGAAGAGUCUCUAUGGAGAUGUGAUGCUGGAGACCUGCAGGAACUUCACUGCCAUCGGAUACGAAUGGGAAGACCAGAAAAUUGAAGAACAUGAUGAAGAUCCUGAGAUAACUCUAAGGCACGUCAUAUCUCACUCUGAAUAUACACAGUAUGAACAUGAAGACUGUGAACAGAAGCCACAGGACUCCAAUUUUCUUAAAAGUAUUGAAGGAUGCACGGAAACUCAGACUUCGAGUGGGCCUUCUGUGUGUGAGGUGUGUUUAAAGACCUUUGGACUAUAUCACCUAACUUAUAAUGGACAUCACAACUAUGACUAUAAGGAAGCUGGAGGAAGCCAGACUGACGAAAAUGAUUAUGAAGGUAAUCAAUGCGAUAAAACUUCUAGUUCCCUUCAAAAACAAGAAAAAAUUCAUACUGGAAAAAAACUCUAUGUGUGUCAAGAAUGUGGUAAAGCCUUUAGGUAUCCCAGUGCCCUCCAAUUACAUGAAAGAAUUCAUACUGGAGAAAAACCCUAUGAAUGUAAAGACUGUGGGAAAGCAUUUAGAGGUCUCAGUGCCCUUCAUUUGCAUGAAAGAAUUCAUACUGGAGAAAAACCCUACGAAUGUAAACAGUGUGGUAGAGCCUUCACCUAUCUUAGUGCUCUUCAAUUACAUGAAAGAAUUCAUACUGAGGAAAGACCCUGUGAGUGUAAACAGUGUGGCAAAACCUUUAGAUACACCAGGGCCCUCAAAUUACAUGAAAGGAUUCAUACUGGAGAAAAGCCCUAUGAAUGUAAGCAAUGUGGUAAAUUCUUUAGAAGUCACAGGACCCUCAAGUUACAUAAAAGAAUUCAUACUGGAGAAAAACCCUAUGAGUGUAAAGAAUGUGGGAAAGCUUUUAGAUGGCUUACUUCUUUGAAGUUACAUGAAAAAAUUCAUACAGGAGAAAAACCCUAUGAAUGCCAAGAGUGUGGGAAAGCCUUCAGGUGUCAGGCUUCCUAUCAUAGACAUAAAAUAACUCAUGGUGGAGAAACAUUGUAUGAGUGUAAAGAGUGUGGUAAGUCCUUCAUUUACCCCUCUUUACUUCAAGUGCAUGAAAGAACCCACACAGGUGAGAAGCCCUUUGAGUGUAAGCUGUGUGGGAAAGCUUUUAGAUGUCAAUCUUCGCUUCGGUUGCAUGAAAGAACGCACACUGGAGAAAAACCCUAUGAAUGUAAACAUUGUAACAAAGCCUUUUCGAGUUAUAAUUAUCUUCGAUUUCAUGAACGAAGCCACACUGGAGAGAAACCCUACGAAUGCAAAGAAUGUGGGAAAACCUUCACACAUCGUUCUUACCUUCGGUCACAUGAAAGAAGACAUACUGGAGAGAAACCGUACCAGUGUGUUCAGUGUGGCAGAUCCUUCAGCCGGCAUAGUUCCUUUAAGAGACAUCAGUCCGUUCAUGGAGUGGAAAACCCGUAUGAAUGUCAGGAAUAUUUACUUCCUUUAUCUCCAUUUCCUUCAAAUGAAUGAAAGAACAGAUACUGGCAACAAACUUUGAAUGUAAGCUUUUUCCCCAUUGACAUAAAACACUUGUGGGAACUAAAGACAGGGAUGAGCCUUUUAUAUGUAAACUGUGUGGCAUAGCUUUUCAGGGGUCGGGGUGUCCUUCAGCUCCAUGAAGGAAUUCACUUUGGGCAAAGUUUUUGUUACUAAUGUGGUGUCACUCGUCACACUUCUUUCAGAGAAGUAAGUUAAUUCCUGCUGGGCAAAUGCCCUAUGGAUGUACAGGAUAUGUUUAGUCUUUCAUUUAUCCCCAUUUGCCUUAAAAUCAUACAAACUCAUAGUGGUGAAAGGCCACAUGUUCAAAAAUGUGGAAAAGGCUUCAGGUGUCACAUGUCCUUUCAGCAGUAUGAAUGAACUCUCAUGAUAGAGAGAAAAUGAAUGUAAGGUGUGUGAAAGCCUUUAGAUAUCAUUGCUCCCUCACAUUCCACGAGGGACUUGUAUUAGAAAUAGUUUUCUAAGCAAAAAUAAAAACUGUGAAGUUUUCAAGGUCACAGUUCUUUCAGAAACUUACAGUGAUGGAUGGUGAGCAGUUCUGUAAGUGUAAGGAUUGUGGGAGCUUAAUGGUUGCUGGGAGACGAACAUUUCCUUUACAGUGACUGCCUAGGGUCUUGUAAAUACCCCCAAUUAAACUUGGUGAUUCCUUAA